GAGAGAGGAAGUAGUGAACUCUGAGAAAACUGUGGGAGGACGGAGAGGGCAGAACAUAGAGAGAAUAAGCAGAUGACAGUAAAUAAGAGAGAGAGAAAGAGAUGACUCAGAGAAAGAGAGCAGUCAUAUUUGCGUCAGCUAAAACCCGCUAAUGCGAUCAAGAUGAGUGUCUGCCGCUGCUUCGCACACUGCUUCACUCAGGCUCGAUUCGUCCUUCUUUUUUAAAUUCUCUGCUUUUCUGUGGCCUAGUCAAGAAGUAGCUAUCACACCCGAUCUGGGAACACUUUUGAAAGACUAGAGAUGGGAUCAAGAGGUCGAGGAAAGGAAGGAACCAUUGGCUUCUUGGUGCAAGGUUUACAAAUGAAGAGCUAGGAGACUCAAAUUGUUUCCUUGUUAUGGAACCCUGGAUCUAAUGGUAAAUUUAGACACUUUGAAAGUUAUGUUUCAUGGUGAAAAUUUGUUCUGCAAUGCCUGAUCUUGUUGUGUUCCUCUUGGACAUAAAGUUUGGUUAUUUUCUGAAGUGGACUUUUCUAUAAAAAAGAAAAAAAAUCCUUCUCCACAACUUCACUUUAGAAAGCUUGCCCUGGAUGUGUGCAAUCUCAGUGACCCAAAUGACCUCAGAACGAGGACAGUUGUGUCAAGAGUGAUCUCACCCCCCUAGUGAGGACAGUAACAGGUUGCGACAUCACCAAGACCAAACAUCACUGACCAACAGACUGAGAGAGACCACUGAGGAGAAAAGACCAGCAUUGCGGAAGCAAGGUCUGUUUUAGCAUUUUGUGUGGGCAUCUGUAGCAGGGCUCUAUGGAAUAGCAGAGGCCAUUGGUCAUGCCUGUAGCCUUGCGCACAAGGAGCUGGGAGGAUCAUGUAACCCCACACUCGAGGAAACAGUACAGCUAUGAUGACCUUGACCUAGUUUGUUGCCAUGGCAGUGGUGGAGGCAGUGGUUCCCCUACAGGACGAAGAUGGCGAGCAAGAUGUGCAUCGAUGCCAGAAUGUUGCCAUCUUGAAUGUUGCUUUGAAAGCUGUCCUGGGGAAGAUAGGAACAGGAGGAGGAGGACUUUAUCUGGUACAUUUAAGGGUAGAGCAGCUAGCUAUGAAGGUAAAAAUAGUCAAGCAUUUAGCAAGGGUCACACUUUUGUGACAGUCAGAAAAGUACUGGCAGAUGAAGACAUUAUCCAAUCAAAAGACAGACCAUCAAGUUGCCACCAUUCAGCACCCAUUUCCAAUCAUUCCCCUUAUAAAAGCCUUGAUGAAAUACAUAAGAAUGAUGACACCAUGAGCAAAACUGUGUCCACAUCCUCUGGCAGUUCUGUAGAAGAACAGGUAAAAAAACUAGAUUUCUUAACAACACCUGAAACCAAGGACAUCUCCAAAGAUAAUGCAAAAAUAAACUUUCCUGAAAUUAUCCCAAAUCAAAUGACAAUAGAAUUAACAGAAAAACCUGAAACAAAUCAUGUACCAAAGGUAGAAGACAACACUGGUGAUCCUGUGGUAGAACCAAGCAUGCUACAUCACCAACAGGUAAUGAGGGUAGGUGUAGAAGCAACAGCCACAGUUGAUGAUAAUUUUGAUCUGGGGGCUUUGCUUGUACCUGAUGAGCAUAGUGUUGCCAUCAUGGGUACUAACCUGAUCACAGAGAUCCAGCAGUCUGAAGUUCCUCAAAUUCCCAAGAAUAGUGUUGUUCCAGAUGUUAUCAUUAAUUCUAACAUUCCAAACUCUGAUGAUAACCAUGUAGUCACAAGCAAAGAGGUUCUGCAGGUUCACAACCUCAAUGCAUCCACAGAACUUGAGUUUUCCACAUGUGUAUCCAGAAGUACCAGUAAUCCUGACAAGUGCAGAGAUUGCAACUCCAAACUGGACACCAUUCCUGAAGUUUCCUUUACAGAGUUAGGGGAGGAAGCACUGGGUUCAGUGAAGGAGGACAUGCCUGGCUCCAAUAAUACCACAACUUUAGUGGAUCUUCAGGGUGCUGGAAACAUCAAAGGCAGUUCAGUACAACUGGAGAUGCAAAAGGAUACCCCUGAGGCACGAUUUCUGGGAAAUAUCCAAAACAACAUUACUGGGGUCUUGUCAGACUGUGAGUCUUCAUUACAAAACAGGAUGGAAGCAACUGAUCAUGUGAUGAUUCUUCAGACAAAUCUAAAUAUGGAUGAGGUACAGAGAGACUCCAAACCUCAGGAAGUUCCUGUCAGGCUCCGCACACGGAAGAGCUCGCAGGAGGAUAAAGAGCGGGAACGAGCUCAACUGGACUCCAUGGUUCUGCUCAUAAUGAAGCUGGAUCAGUUGGACCAGGAGAUUGAGGAUGCUUUAAGCUCUGCCCCUUCCCCCAAGGACACACCCACUCCCAAGAGGUGCUUCGUUUCUGAAGUGGACUUGGUGUCAUUGGAUGGAGAUGGAAGUCUCUCAGGGUCUUUGUGUUCCCUUAACACUCCUCAUCAUCAGUCUUCAUCAUCGCUGUGUUCCAGCAGAAACAGGGCAUCUGCUGCAUUAUCAGAAAAAGACCAAGCAGAGAUCGAGGCGAAGGAGGCGUGUACGUGGCUCCGUGCUGCUGGUUUCCCCCAGUAUGCUCAGCUGUAUGAAGAUGGUCAGUUUCCCAUCCAGAUUGCGUCAGUCACCAGAGAUCACGACUUUCUGGAUCGAGAUGCCAUCGAAGCACUUUGCAGGAGGCUAAACACACUCAACAAGUGUGCCCUGAUGAGGCUGGAGAUCACUCCUCAGAGAAAACGAAGUGAAGACUCAGAUGAAGAUGAGCCCUGUGCCAUCAGUGGCCGUUGGACCUUCCAACGAGACAGCAAGCGUUGGUCCCGUUUGGACCAGGUAGACCUGGAUGUCUUUACAUCUCCAGUGGGAGAUGCUAUUUCUGCCCCUACCUUCCUCUCUUCCCAGGAUCAGCGCCUGCCUGGGGGUCACCUGCUUCGGGAGAGGGUUAGUGCUAGUGCUGAAAGUGUGCUAACAGAUCUUAGUGAGCAGCCAGAGGUGGGAUCCUUGCACAGUGCUGGAAGUUAUGGUCAUAGAGGAUCACAAAGUAUUACAGUCCCGUCCAGCCCAGCUAACACCAAUUCCAAUGUUGCUACAGCCUCUACGACCCGUGCUAGCUCUGUUGCUAGUGUGUGCUCUUCUGGAACUUCUGGCGCCAAUGAGGAUUCCCUUUCUGAAGGGAUUCCCUCACCGCUUGAACAUGGAACUUUUGCAUUUGAUGCCAGAACCAUCUCCGGAAGUAGUGGAGCCAGUAAAAGCACACGGUCAAGAGCAAAGAGCUUCUUGAAGCGUAUGGAAAGCCUGCGACUGCGUAGUAGCAGUAUGUCUUCAAAGCGUAAAAAGAAAGGUGGAGUCAGCAGUGGAAGGCUAGAGAUUAGCGGUCCAGUGUUGAAGGAAGGUCUGGAUGAGGACAAGCUGAGACAGCUCAACUGUGUCGACAUUGCCACAUUAGAGCACACUGGGACCCACAACCGCAACAUCUCCUACUCCACACAAACGAGCAGUGGAAGCACAGGCAGCAGUCAUUCAGAGACAAGCAGUGGAAGUGCUGUGAGUACCCCCAGUCCAAUCACCAGGGCGCGGAGCCACAGCACGGCAGCCGGCUCGAUAAAACGAGUUGGGAUGUACCUGGAAGGGUUCGACCCGUUCAGUCUUGUUCAGGAAAAUGAGAACCUAGAGAUCCGGAACUGUGGGAGAGGGCCUGACCCGAGCAUGACUGCAGAAAACAACCUACGGAACCGCAAAAAGACUGAUGACAGGCAAGUAGAACAUAAGAGGAUCGAUGAGGAAACUGGAGUGAUAUAUUUUUACCUUCCUGACGGUUACAAACCGGGCACCUUUCCCAAGUCACUUGCCGAUGGGGGUUACUUUCACCGCAGCGACAGCAGGCCUCACCGCAGAUCCUCCUCCUCAUUAGACAGUCGAUUGAGUUUUUAUGACAACAUGCCCUUCCCUGAAAUGGGGGACGAGGAAGAGGAUGAACCAGAGAGAGAGGAGGAAGAGGAGCCAAAGAUCGAGGACGUGCUACAACGAGUGACUGGCUUGCAGCAACUGGUCAGCGCAUGGACAGAAUCAGGGCCUGGAGAAGAAGAGGAAGGAGAUUCGGACUCAGCUUUGGACUCUGCCUCUCCUUGCCCUUCAUCGCCGUUACAGAACCGUUUGAUGGAGACGGAGAACGGAAGUGACCAAGAGAGCACAGGGAACCCGUUAGGCGAGCAGGACGACACAAUCAGUGCAAGAGAGAGACGAGACUCUGGUGUGGGAGCAUCACUCACCCGGGCUAACAGGCCUCAGAAGCUGCGCUGGCCCAGUUUCCAGAACUCACACCGGCCGAGUGUGUCGUCAUCCACCCUGCAGCUCAACUGUCAGUCAGUACUGCAGAUGAAUCUGCUGCAGAAAUACAGCCUGCUGAAACUCACAGCUCUGCUGGAGAAACACACACCAACAAACAAACACGGAUUCAGCUGGGCUGUACCGAAGUUCAUGAAGCGGAUGAAAGUGCGCGACUCGAAGGAGCGGAGUGUGUUUGGUGUGCCGCUGCAGGUGAACGUACAGAGGAGCGGGCAGCCUCUACCACAGGGCAUCCAGCAGGCCAUGCGUUACCUCCGCAACCACGGCCUUGACCAGGUGGGCUUGUUCAGGAAGUCAGGGGUGAAAUCUCGCAUUCAGGCUCUGCGCCAGAUGAAUGAAUCGUGCGGCACAGAAGGGGGCGGAGUUAGCUACGAGGGCCAAUCAGCUUACGAUGUGGCGGACAUGCUGAAACAGUAUUUCAGAGAUCUACCUGAACCGCUGCUCACCAGCAAACUGUCUGACACAUUCCUGCAGAUCUAUCAGUUUAUUCCUGUGGAGCAGCGUUUGCAGGCAGCACGUGCCGCGGUGUGCUUGCUGCCUGAUGAGAGUCGCGACGCUCUGCACACGUUGCUGUGUUUCCUGAGCGACGUCGCGGCGAACGUGAGCGAGAAUCAGAUGACAUGCACUAACCUGGCUGUGUGCCUUGCACCAUCACUGUUUCACCUGAACACGGCGCGCAGGGAUGCCUCCUCGCCCAGAGUGAUGAGCAGGAAGAACCCACUGGGAAAACCAGACCAAAGAGACCUGAACGAAAACCUCGCAGCUACACACGGCCUCACACACAUGAUCCAGGAGUGCAGGAAACUCUUCCAGAUCCCUGAGGAGCUGUCUGGCUGCAGGAACUCGUACAUCGAGCAGGCGUUAAUUCCCCCGCGCAUGGAGGACCUGCUGGACGAGGAGCACAGCUACAGGAUCCUUGUUAAGGACAGUAUGGACGCGCUGCUCAAGGAAGCCAAGGAAAAGUUCAAAGGUUACGACACCUGCUCGACUCCUGAACCUGCUGAACUCGCAUACAAAAAGGUGCACGACGGCUGGUCUCUGCGUCAGUGGAAGGUGUGUGUGGACGUGGCGGCCGGAGCGGAUGAGGUUCUGCAGCGAAUCGUCCGUGAGCAGGACCGAUGGGACGACGAUCUGCUCGAGAGCCGAGUGAUCGAAACACUCGACAACAACACAGAUAUUUAUCAGUACAUCCGCAACAACAUGGCGCCGAAUCCAGCCACCGAUUACGUGGUGCUGAGGUCAUGGGCGACAGACCUCCCUAAAGGUGCGUGUGCGUGUGUGUGUGUGUCGGUGGAGCACGAGGCUGCACCGGUGCUCGGUGUGCGCGCCAAUGUGAUGACAUCACGCUACCUCAUAGAGCCAAGCGGCCUGAACAAGAGCCGCGUCACACACAUCUCCAGAAUAGACCGCAGGGGUCGGUGUCCAGAGUGGUAUAACAAGCUGUACGGCCACCUGUGUGUCUCUGAAUUGGUGCGGAUACGGGACUCGUUCACCUGCCCACUGGACAAAUGAACACACGCGCGCACACACACACACACACACACACACACACACACACGGACAUGAUGAUGAUGAUGAAGAUCCUAUAAAUCACACCCAGGCUUACAAAGACGGCAUGUUGAUCCUUCGAGCUACAGAGAUCAGAGGUCAUGACCUUUGCAUACUAAGAUAAAAGGACACAUGACGGCCUGAAAGACUGGAACAGACACACCUGCUGCUGUGACAUCAUCGAUGAUGUCAUGGAAGGACUUGAAAAGGGGGGGGGAGUUUAGGGUGCUACUGCUUCUGAGAAGCAGUGUGUGUGUGUGUGUGAGAGUGAGAGAGAGAUGUAUGAGUCUGUUGUUGACAAGUGAGACAUAUUCCAUGCACUGGCACCCAAGUACAGAACAGUAUAUACACCUCUACCUGUGCGUGUGCACGUGUCCAUGCCUGCAUGAUUAUUUACAGCUCUUUCACCAUAUCUGUCUAAUAGGAUGGACGGAUGGAGGUUUAUAGAUAAACAAGAGCGAACUGAAUCAUCCGGUGGCUGGAACACCUCGAACAAUUACAGAACGAAUGACGUGUACGUCGGCUGCACCGGUCCGAGCGCGCUAACAAGGACUGCUUUCAGAUCAUCACUUUGCCGAUAUUAACUUGCAUCCCUUUCGUUUAAAGACCUUCCUAACUCCCUAGCUAUGUUAAUAAUGUUAAUGUUGUACAGUCGUUGCUAUGGUUACGUCUUUGAAAAACGCGUGUUCCUUUCGAGUUUAUUUCAAGCAUUUUCGUUUCGAUACACAGAUUCGAUACCGGUUCGGAUUUGACAUUCUCUUCUAUUAGCGGGUUAAAAUUGUACGUGUUUUUCAAUCACACUGAUGAAUAUUUAAAUCAGCAGGUUUGGAUUUGACUUUUUUUUUUUUUCCUUUACCCCCAAUCAGCAGAUUUAGAUUCGGAUUUGAGCUGUUUAAAGAGUCGCAUUCGACAUGCUGUAUUUUGAAUAGUUAUUUACAGUGUGUUUGUCGUCAUGGUUACCGUCGAGCAUAGUUACACCACAGUUAAUAGAGGGAGAUGGUUAGGAAGGCCGGAAGACUUCAAAGGACUAACGCUGUGACAUGUCACGUGACGUUUACCGUGCACACGAACCCUGUUUUGCUAUAGAAAAGAUUAUGCAUGCGAUGUAUUUUUACAGUUUAUUGAGAAUAUUCUACGAAUUUUGGUUUAAAAUCAGCGUUUUCAAACCGCAACAUGCUUAUUCUCCUUCAUAACGGGUGAAGAUCGUUUGAAAGUAGCCUUGAAGAUCGCGAAAACACGAAAAACCAUCGCGAUACGGAGAAGUCUACUCGGUCAGAAGGACAAUCAACUGACUAAACUGGAUAAAUAAACCAAAAUAGAUGAAUUCAGAACUUAUAGCAAACAGAUACGGUCGUACAUUAGCAUGUUGGAGACUGUAUCCCAAAGGCAUCGGAAUAUUUUAGUUAGUAAAGUUUCAUACGUGCGCGAUGCUGCGGCCGGUUCAUUGCUCGACUGGCCGCUUACUCAGAUACUGAUAUUUCCUUUUCCAAACUCUCUUUGUGAUAACAGUUCUCAGUUAUAGUUACUAAUAUUUGAACAAGAUUUCCUUGAUGUUCAGUUAACUACGAGUAAUGAUAAAGACGAUAAUGCGCACCCCGAACUGUCUUACUCGUGCUUCGCUUCUGUGCUUGUUUACAUUUCGCAACAAGAGUAAAGUAGCGCGAAGCUCACUGAAAAUAUUAUGAGCACAAAUUGAAUAACGCCGUGCGUACUUUAAAAGCUACUGGGAUAAUAAAAGGUCCCAAAACAUCGAGUAUCAAUAUUUUAUCUCUUGAAAUCGAAGUAAAAAAAAUCAAAUCUCAGAUGUUUUUUACAAUUUUAGGAUUUUUUGACUUAUACUCAGUUUCGAACUGUUGAAGCUCACCGCUACGAGAUGCCAAAUUGUCCCUUUUUCUCAGAUCACUUGAUUUGAAAGAUUCUGGCUUUUAUUACUCAUCUCAUCUCAUUAUCUCUAGCUGCUUUAUCCUGUUCUACAGGGUCGCAGGCAAGCUGGAGCCUAUCCCAGCUGACUACGGGCGAGAGGCGGGGUACACCCUGGACAAGUCGCCAGGUCAUCACAGGGCUGACACAGACACAGACAACCAUUCACACUCACAUUCACACCUACGGUCAAUUUAGAGUCACCAGUUAACCUAACCUGCAUGUCUUUGGACUGUGGGGGAAACCGGAGCACCCGGAGGAAACCCACGCAGACAACAUGCAAACUCCGCACAGAAAGGCCCUCGCCGGCCACGGGGCUCGAACCCGGACCUUCUUGCUGUGAGGCGACAGUGCUAACCACUACACCACUGUGCCGCCCGCUUUUAUUACUAUUCUUCUUAAAGAAAUAACAACCAGGAAAUCUGGGGCAAAGAUUUUUUUUUGAUAAGCCUUCAGUAUUUGGUUUUGAUUGCCGUAUUGUAAAAUGAUGAUGGUUAGAUCAGCUGCAUUUUCGUUAUUUGUGAGUACAGGAUUUACUUUUUUAUACGAACCUCCUCAACAGCUUCAUGAAAAUGUUCUUCAACCUCUUCAUUCUCUUCCAAAAUGGCCAUUAUAGCUUCAAAAUCGUCCCCGAAUGCGAAAAUGAAGUCAUCAUAACCAGCCGCCAUGUUUGUUGAUACUCAUGUGCACGCUCAGUGUCACGUGACGGUACGGUUCAACCUCAGAAGCGAAACAAUAGAGUGACGCUUUGAAGCUUUGCUGCCUUCCUAACCAUUCCCCUCUAUUAACUAUGGUUACAGCAUAUUGUUGUAAAGCUGUGAUUAAUAACGACUACGUCCUGCAGUCGUGGUGCAAAAUUGGAUCCGUUUUACAGCUGAAAUUUCCUGAUGCACACCGUUUACCUCAGCCGUUUUGUCGAAUAUCGUUUUUAACGUCGUUAAUUUAAUUCCGUUUUGCUUUCAGAUAUUUAUCAGUCAUUUAUCGUACGCUGCAGUUAUUAUUUACUAAAAUUGUAGUUAAAGAAACAGUUCUUGCUGGUGCGCUCGGACGUUUUACGAAAGUAAAACGUUACUGGACCAAAUACUAAGAGAUUUCUCAAACGAUUGAUGGAAAAAAUGAUGGUUGUAUUUAAAAAAAAAGUCGUAAGUGGGAAACAGAAUGAGGAGCUAGUUCGGAGAGGAUCUGCCAUGGUAAAGAGAAAGCUCAAGUUGUAAAGACGAAAGGAAUAAGAAUAAGAAAUGUGAAGGGAGUGUUGGAGAAAGGUGAAGAGGGAUCAGGUUCUCGGAGGGCAGCGUAGCUUUACAGCACAAUAGCAGCGAAGCACAACAUCUCAUCUCAUUAUCUGUAGCCGCUUUAUCCUGUUCUACAGGGUCGCAGGCAAGCUGGAGCCUAUCCCAGCUGACUAUGGGCGAAAGGCGGGGUACACCCUGGACAAGUCGCCAGGUCAUCACAGCGAAGCACAACAUGUUAGUUGUUUAUUUGACUCUGUUUAACUGCGUUCAUGCUAGCAAGCAUGGUGUCGCUUGUGGGCGUGGCCUGUCCAGUGUAAUAUCUGUACGUAUACGCUUUAUCGAAAGACAUCAACUUUGUACAUGCUAACUCUAUUAGCCAUUCACACACUCACCAGAGGCUUGAAUGAUCUCCACUGCUUCCUUCCAAGCUUUAGUUUUCUCCGUAGACAUUUAACGUGAGGUCGUAUAUGACGGGAUAAAACGAAACCAGGAUUAGUUUUACAAAAUUGUUUAGGAACCUGAAGAAACGUUCAGUCACACUGAGCAAUGAUACACUUGGAUUUGUCGUAGCUUAAAGGACAUCUGUCACUUUGUUGCUUGCUAGCAUGAACAUGGAGUUAGCUAAGAAUCACGAAAUCUUCACCUUCCAGCCGCUAGCGAUGCUGUUGGCUCCGCCCCUGUGUGCUGGAGACGCUGACUGUUGCUCUAUCGAACCGAAAUGUUCAAAGGGAUGGAAAGUGACUCUUUUUUUUUCCAUUUUUUGACAGUGUUAAUGUAAAUGAAGUAAUUUUACAAAAGAAAGAAAGAAAAACCUAUUUAUGCUCGUAACUAAAACAGAAAAAUUACAGGUAACAAAAACGCUGCUUGGGAUUUUCUCCACUUAACACUCUCCUCAUUACAUAACUAUCAUUUGGAAAUAUUAAGAAAAAAGAAAAAAAAAGUUACGCCUUUGUACAGAUAAAUUGUCAGUAAUUUGGACAACUUUCGAGAAACGCUUCGCUCUAACGCCGCCUGAUCUGCUCCUGUGCCAUAAACGUGUGUGUACGUUAAGAUAACGCAUGACUGAACGUUAAUUUAAGGCUUUGUGUAUUUAAACAGAUAUAUUGGGAUUUGAUUUUGUAUCUUAUUUUAUUGUAAAUGUUACCGCUUAAAGUUACGGAAGAUGAGAAAAUGGUUUAUCUUUUUUAUAAUUAAUAUUAUUUCUGUACAGAUUAUUCGCAAAGUGCACUAUUAAAGGUAUUAAAAUCAG